AUGGCAGACCACACUGAGACAGCAAAGGAUUGCUGGCACUAUGCGCAAAAGGUCCGCAAGCAAUUGCAGAAGGAGCUGGAGAAGCUCAAGAACGACCCCGAGGGAAACGAGCUUAAGCGAUUCGAGGCUCUCGAGAACGUCAUUGCCAGUCUCCGGCUCGCCUGCAUCCAAACCAUUUUUCAUUCGUUCGAGUAUGGGACCACCGAAAAGGUCGACAACAGCCUGUGGCAGGCGCACAGCCUCGUCAACUCCGAGUAUCGCAAGGCCUCCCUCCGCCUGAAGGGCUCGCAGCACAAUGUGCUCAAGCGCAAACUCGACAAGAUGUACAUGGCCUUUCUCAAGACGGCGCAAGGCUUCUACAUUGCCUACAUCCAGCGUCUGGCCGCCGUCUUCCCCGUGCCCGAGCUUCUGCGCAUCGCCAAGGGCAUCAAGGCCGAGAACCUCGUCGAGCAGAACCCGAUCGCGAACGUCACGCCCGUCGUGCGCCAAUGCAUCCUCAAGUUCUGCCAUGCCGCGCUCAUCCACCUCGGCGACCUUUCCAGAUACCGCACGCAGAAUCGCCCCAAAGUCCCUUAUGAGGCGGCUUUGGUCUACUAUUCGCUCGCUCACGACAUCAUACCAACCUCGGGCUUCGCUCAUCACCAGAUGGGCAUCAUCUACCUGGAUGAAAAGAAGCACCUGGACAUCAUAUACCACUUCUACCGCGCCCUGGCUAUCGAGGAGCCUCAUCCCAUGGCGACACAAAAUCUCGAGGCCGAACUAAAGACCGUUCAGCAGCCGUCAACGCCAGCUCGUCGCGCCGGCCCCCCUGAUCCGCAGGAGGCUUUCGUGCUCUGGUUCGUCCGUCUGCACUCCCAUCUCUACAAGGGAGAGCCGUUCCCGCAGCACCAAGAACUCGAAGAUGAAGUGAUCUCCCGACUGGAGAUGGCCAUCAAGGCGCCAAACACGCGGGACAUGCUGCAGAAGAUGGUUCUACUUAAUGUUGCAGCCUUUCAUCAUUCUAACAGAAAAAUGACCAACAAGUGGACUAUCGCUGCUUCGCGAUCCUCGCACUUCAUCCUGCGCCUCAACGCCCGCUUCUUCUCGACGUUUUGCCGUCUUCUCAAGAAGGAGGUGGAAGACAUCAUUGAAAGACAGGCAAAGGGCGAACAGACUUCCGCAGACGGUGCCAGCAAGGAGGCAAAUAAGAUCACGCCCCUGCUCGAAAAUACCCUGCCGUUUGUGCGCCUCUACGCAGCUUGGCUCGUGGCCUGCCGCGUUGAGAUUCUCAACGCCCAAGACCCUCUCGAGCCUUUCGUAAAGAACAUGUACAAGGACUUCGCAAAGGCCCUGACUGUUCUGUGCGAGAUGUAUGGUAAUGAAGAUCUCAAGCUGACACCAUAUUUGCUUCCCGAGGACCAGGAAUCCGUAGGACUACUUCCCCUCUACGGCUUGCAGCUGCCAGAGACCUGCCGCAUUCAUUACGAAGAGGGUACCCGAACGGUCAAGCCGCAGGCUAUUCAUUACGACGGCCAGCAACUUGAUGCUCUUCACGAGGUAUUUGCCCGAGUGUUGAACACGAUCAAGUGCGGAUUCUUCCUGGCCAAUGACGACACCAACUUUCCCUUCUCAUACGGCACGUCAACUAAGGGUCUUACGUUCACUUUCGAGGAGGACUACGUUGCCAAACCGACAGCCCAACAGCCCGCAAGACCAGCUGUUGAGGAUAGCGCGCCUCCGCGGCCCCCGUCCGUUCCCAAGGAAGCGGCACGAACAAAGCAUGUUCAAAAGACGCCGUCCAAAUCGGCACCAAAAAUGCCGCCACCUAAGCCUACCACAGCACGGACGCAUCAACAGCAGCCCACGCCUGGCCGCAACAGCAACAAGACCCAGGGCCAGUCCGAGUACGAUUUCAGUUCCGAUACAGAUAUGCUGAACAUGGUCAACGACUUCCUGAUGCCUCCUAGCGCCACCCAUGCUUCCCCUGUCCAGAGUCCCGAAGAUACCUCGUACGGAAUGAACUCGGCAAUGGCAAACGAGGUAUUCGGUGUGCCCCCGACUAACAGUCCGCCCGCACUCGGAUCCGCCACCGGGAAAACGUUCCCCAGCCUGCCUUGGAACAUGAUUUACACACCAACACCGCACACCAAAAAUUCUGAGCUGACACCGCCAGACCGUGCUGCGCGAGACGCGGCUGCGAGGAGGUCCUUUGAUGCCGGCGCGCCUGCGAGAAAUGUCCAGAUCUCUAGCACAGGUCUCCUUGAUGACCCCUUCGCAGAUGGGUCAGACGGGCAGUACUUGCCACUGCAGCACCAGCAGCAACAACGACGCUACCCAGGUACACCUGACUUGAAUGCUCACCAAGACCGUCUGUUGCAGGCUUUUGGCAAGCAGCCGACAGACACAAGAUCUAUGAGCCGUGAUUUCUCGGGAGGCUACGGGCUUUGGAACAGUGCAUACCCAGAGGUCAACCCGAAUGCACUCCAGCCCCGAGCCUCAUCAGCUCAUGUACGCUCACUGAGCGGAGCUCGGCCUCAGUAUGCUCCUCAAAGCCCCAACGUGCCCCAGGCCGGAGAGAACUUUCCCUUGUCGUCAGACACUCAGUUCUCCAACAACAGCGGCAUUUUCCAGAGCACUCCGUGCAACGGGAUCGCGUAUACUGCAACGACCGCAUUUGGACGUGGCCCCAUCGCCCACAUGACGGAGGAUCCCACUCACUACAAGAACCUGGUCAGACAAAACGGUGGUGCUGCUACUGACGGCUACACUGCGGGCUACAAUGACAUGAUCCUACAGUCCGCUAUGGCCGACGAGAUGAGGCGCGCCUCGGGCCAGAACCUGCGUCGCUGA